AUGAAUUCUUUUCCUAGGGAACGAGAGGAUCGUCAAGCAAUCAGGAAAGAAGAUUUCAUUCUUGAUAAAUUGAAAGAUCAAACGAUCUAUCGAUUACCAGGCUCAAUUAAUGGGCAACAGUUUAUUGUGCAAAAUUGUGACAAUUGCAUUGUGUACGUUUUUGAUCAUACUGGUCAGAUCCAAAUUGAUGAUUGCACAAAUUGUCGAAUUUUUAUUGGUCCAGUUCGCGGAAGUAUUUUCAUUCGAGAUUCAACAAAUUGUGCACUAGCAACUAUCUGUCAACAAUUUCGCACCCGAGAUUGUCGAGAUUUACAUGUUUACUUAACAUGUGCCAGCCAGCCAAUUAUCGAAUCAUCACAUAACAUCAAAUUUGGAUGUUUAACAUUGAACUAUCAACAUUUGUCAGAACAAUAUAUAGCAGCUGGUAUUAGUCCAUGGAACAAUACUUGGGGUAAUAUUCAUGAUUUUACUUCAAUUCCUGACUCAAAGAAUUACACUCUACUUGAUCAAAAUGAGAAUGUAUUUAAGCAUAUACCGAUACCAACUGAUCCAUCAUGCAGUCAUUUGAACAUCAACGACAGUAUAGAAACAAGUUUCACGCCAUUUACUUAUGGUGAACUGUAUCGUCACCGGGCUGAAGAACGUUGUUUAGUCAUAUUAUUCCAAGAUCCCAACGCUGAACCAUGUGCACGAGAACUAAUCGCUCUGAACCGACAAGCAGAUAUCGUACUUGUCCAAACAAAAUCUUAUUCAAUUAAUGAAAUGAGUGCUGAACGUUUAUUUUCUGGUAAUAAAACGUAUACGACAUUAGUAAACAAAGGACCUGUUCUUGGUUUGGAAUUUGCUGGUGUUAAUUGUAUCCAAACCUGCCAACAAGCAUUGAAAACUUUAAUCUCAACGAAAUUCAUGAAUUUACCUCAUUUCAUCAGUCAAUCAUCCUCGGAUGCUCAUGAUCAACUCGAUAAAUUUUAUAAUUUCGCCAGCAUGCAAAUGUUCGCUUAA